AAACUUAUCGAACAAGUUUUCUUAUUGUUUGGCACUUAAAGAGUCUCAGUUGGACAGUUAUUCUCCCGCCGUUUGAUUUUCACAACUUUCAGCCAAUCAUCAAAUGUUUUACGUCACACGCACGUCUCAAGCGUGUCCUGGAGCGUGUGUUGAAGAGUAUAGAGCAUCGUUAGGAGGUGAGCUGACUUGUGUGGUUAACUGACGGACUUCGCAAAGUCGCUUCUUCUUUUACCUUAUUUACCAACUUAGAGUCACGAUGUCGUCGCAUGCUGAUGAACACAAGGGCAGUUCUCUGACAUUGGUGUUAAUGGUUGCGUCUGCAGCCUUUGGAGGAACUCUUCAAUAUGGCUAUAACCUGGCAAUAAUGAAUUCUCCCACAACUUUUAUUCAAACCUUUAUCAACGAGACCUUCCUGGAACGCUGGGACAUCCAGCUGGAGGACUACCAGGUGACUCUGGUCUGGACAUUUAUUGUCUCCAUUUUCUCGUUGGGGGGCUUAGCGGGGGCUCUUAUCGCAGGACCUAUGACUAUACGCUUCGGGAGGAAAAAAUGCCUGUUACUGAACAACAUAUUUCUCAUGGCCGGUUCACUCUUAGCUUUGACGAGCAGAUCUGCUAAGUCUUUUGAGAUGAUCCUCAUCUCACGUGUCCUGGUUGGAAUAAAUGCCGGUAUCAGCAUGAAUGUGCAGCCAAUGUAUUUUGGAGAAAGUGCACCAAAGCACUUAAGAGGAGCUAUCUCUUUGUCAUCAGCUGUUUUUACAGCGUUUGGUGUUGUGUUGGGACAGGUGGUGGGACUCAGAGAGAUUUUGGGCAGUGAACCAUAUUGGCAGUAUCUUCUUGCCAGUAAUGCCAUUCCCGGCAUUGUGCAACUUAUGACCCUGCCGUGGUUUCCAGAGAGCCCCAGAUAUCUGCUCAUCGACAGGGGGGACAAGGAGGCUUGUAUUAAUGCUUUGAGGCGUCUGCGAGGCUGUGAGGUCCAGAGCGGGGAGCUUGAAGAGAUCCUGCAGGAACAGGCUGAAACCAAAGGCAUGAAGCCAUGCGGACCAUGGGAACUUUUCACAGAUCGCUCUGUGCGCUGGCAGCUAAUCUCCGUCAUGAUCAUCAGCAGUGCCAUGCAGCUCUGUGGAAACGAUUCAAUUUACUUCUAUGCAUACUAUGUUUUCAAAGAGGCUGGAAUAUCUGAUGAUCAAAUCCAAUAUAUCACCAUUGGCACUGGGAUGUGCGAGUUCACAGCCUGUAUAAUGUGUAACCUGCUCAUCGAGCGCAAAGGUCGGAGGUUCAUGCUGAUGGGAGGGUUCAUCCUCAUGACCGUCUGGGCUGUAGUCUUCACCAUCGCUUUGUGUUUUGAGCACUACAUAUCCUGGAUGCCGUACUUGAGUAUGGCCUGCAUCUUCACCUACAUCCUCAGCUUUGGCAUGGGACCUGCUGGUGUGACUGGCGUCCUGCCAACAGAGAUCUUCAAUCAAACGGCUCGGCCAGCCGCCUACAUGAUCGCUGGCUCCAUGAUGUGGCUCAACCUUUUCAUCAUUGGAAUGAUCUUCCCUUUUCUAGUGAGUGAGUUGAGUGAGUACUGUUUCGUGCCUUUCGCAGCAGUCUGCCUGUUGUCUGCGCUGUAUGUCGGCCUGUUCCUGCCUGAGACCAAGGGCAAGUCUCUGUCCGCCAUAACCAGUGAAUUCCACAAGAUGAACUUCAAAGGCCAGGACAAAAAGCAUGAAUCGCAAACUCAAGCUCAGUAUCAGCUGGGAGAAGUGUGUCAUUCCACGGCCUUGUAGGCUAUGCUUAACCGAUUGUAACCGAUUGAGAAAUUACGGGAUGGUCAACCUGAGCAAUGGUAGUCA